AUGCGCACUGUGCCGCGGGGCUGCUUGAGGCGCGGACGGAUGGACAUGGCGGCGAUUGGAGCGACCGUCGAUAGCGGCGCCUCACGCCGCUGCCUCGCCACCCAGUACUUCAACGAGGAGGAGAACAACGCCAUCGAGAGUCUGACCACCAGCGAGAGGGUGGUGGAUUUGCUGAAUCAGGCUGCGCUCAUUGUGACUGACAACAAAAUCACUGUUCUCAAACAGGUUCAAGAGCUGAUUGUGAAUAAGGAUCCCACCCUCCUUGACAACUUUCUCGAUGAAAUCAUUGCAUUUCAGUCAGAUAAAUCCAUUGAUGUUCGCAAGUUUGUGAUUGGAUUCAUGGAGGAGGCAUGCAAGCGGGACAAUGAGCUGCUGCCGAAGCUAAUCGCUAACCUCAACAUGCUGCUGAAGGACGAGAACGUCAAUGUGGUGAAGAAGGUUAUUUUGACCAUGACCCAACUGUACAAGGUGGCACUGCAGUGGAUGGUGAAGUCAAAAGUCAUCAAUGAAAUGGAGGAGGCGUGCUGGGAUAUGGUUAGCGUCAUGAAGGAUGACAUUGUCUUGAUGCUGGACUCUGAUAAUGACGGAAUCCGAACUCAUGCCGUCAAAUUCAUCGAGAGUUUAAUCAUCACCCUGUCACCUCGCACUCCCGAUUCUGACGUGCCGAGGAGGCAGGAGAACGACAUCAGCCUGGAUCGCAUUGUGAGGGAUCACUCUUGCAUCAAAGCCAGUGCACUUCAAGAAGAGGGUAAAAUGGCUCUGGAUCAGCUCCUGAAAUUCAUGGUUCACCCUGCCAUCUCCAGCAUCAACCUUACAGCUGCCCUGGGCUCCUUGGCCACCAUCGCAAGGCAACGACCCAUGUACAUGUCUGAAGUGAUCCAGGCAUAUGAAACCCUUCAUGCCAACUUGCCGCCGACGUUGGCGAAGUCGCAGGUCAGCAGCGUGCGCAAGAACCUGAAGCUGCACUUGCUGAGCGUUCUCAAGCACCAGUCCUCCUUCGAGUUCCACGCCCAGAUCACCACGCUGCUCCUGGACCUGGGCACGCAGCAGCAGGAGAUUGUGCGCAACAUGCCCAGCCUGAAGGACGUGAGGAAGCGACACCGCGAGGAGACUGACCAGGGGCUGAAGAAAAUCAAAAUAGAGCCUUUAGGAGAAGAUGAUGAAGACAAAGAUCUUGAGCAAGCGUCCGUUUCCAUGGUUAAACCAUCGUCAUCCCAGAACACGCAGUCUGCCAUUGAUGUUUCAGCACAGUAUCUAAUGCCUCUGCUUUCGCCAGAGAACGUGGCGAAUUUGGUUCUGAUCAGCAUGGUCUAUUUACCAGACGUGAUGCCGGCAUCCUUCCAGGCUACUUAUACCCCAGUAGAGUCGGCAGGGACGGACGCCCAGAUUAAACACUUAGCCCGACUCAUGGCCACACAGAUGACGUCAGCAGGUCUCGGACCAGGUGUUGACCAGAUGAAACUUCAGGCCGAUGACGACUCGAAACUGGGGAAAGAUGUUAAAAGUGACGGCCUGGUCAUCAAGCGGCGCUACUCCACGUUGCGUAAGGGGCAAGCGAUAUCUGUCGUGGGGGCACCCGUACCUUUCUCGCAGCCCGGGAAAGAGGAGAUGCAAACGAAGCGGCGUCCAGAGCCCAUUAUGCCUUCCAGUCAGCAAAGGCUGAUGAGUCAGAGCGGACGGAAGAAGGUUUUCCGACUGUGCGAUGUGUUGCAGCAGCUGCCUGUGGAGAAGAUGGACAAGCUGAAGAUUGGAGCUCUGCAGCGUAUCCUCAACUCUGAGAAAGCAGUGGCACGAGGUGGAGCUGGUCCGAUUCGUGUGAAGAUCCUGGCACGUCUCGUGACGCAGUUUGACGGGAAAAUGAAAGGGGAGAUGCUGGAUUUCAUCCUCGAGGACAUUCGAAACCGCGUUGAUCUUGCCUUUGCGUGGCUGUACCAAGAGUAUAACCUGUACCUCAGCCACUGGCCCAACGGCAUGCUUGACAAUUAUGAUGCGUGCCUGACCAGCCUGUUGUCGGGCUUGCAGGAGAAACCAGACCAGAAGGAUGGACUGUUUACAAAGCUGGUUCUGGAGGCUCCGUGCAUAACUGACAAUGCAUUGGAGGUGAUCCGGAGAUACUGUGAGGAUGAGACUCGCAUCUAUCUGGGAAUGUCGACACUGAGGGACUUGGUCUUCAAACGCCCAUCAAAACAGCUGCAGUACCUGCAUGUGCUGCUGGAUCUAAGCUCUCACGAGAAGGAUAAGGUCCGUUCACAGGCACUGAUGUUCAUUAAACGAAUGUAUGAGAAGGAGCAGCUACGCGAGUACAUCGAGAAGUUUGCCCUGAAUUACUUGCAGCUGCUCGUUCAUCCCAACCCGCCCUCUAUUCUGUUUGGGGCCGACAAAGACACAGAGGUGGCAGCUCCUUGGACGGAGGAGACGGUGAAACAGUGCCUGUAUCUGUACCUCGCCCUGCUUCCCCAGAACCAUAAACUCAUUCACGAGCUGGCUGCUGUCUACACGGAGGCCAUCGCUGACAUUAAACGCACGGUGCUGCGGGUCAUUGAGCAACCGAUUCGAGGAAUGGGAAUGAAUUCACCUGAGCUUCUCCUGCUGGUGGAGAACUGUCCGAAAGGUGCGGAGACACUCGUCACUCGCUGCCUGCACAUUUUAACAGACAAAGUGCCUCCGUCCCCUGAGCUGGUGAAGAGGGUCCGUGAUCUCUACCACAAGAGGGUCCCCGAUGUCCGAUUUCUGAUCCCGGUGCUUAACGGCCUUGAGAAGAAAGAAGUAAUCCUGGCGCUGCCCAAGCUGAUCAAACUCAAUCCCAUCGUGGUGAAGGAGGUCUUUAACCGGCUGCUGGGAACCACACACAUGGGUGAAGGAGGCUCUGCAGCGAUCUCACCGUUGACCCCUGGUGACCUUCUCAUUGCCCUGCACAACAUCGACUCUAACAAGUGCGACAUGAAGUCAAUAAUCAAAGCGACGAACCUGUGCUUUGGUGAGAGGAACGUGUACACGUCGGAGGUUCUUGCUGUUGUGAUGCAGCAGCUGAUGGAACAGAGCCCACUGCCCAUGCUGCUGAUGAGAACCGUAAUCCAGUCGCUCACCAUGUAUCCACGUCUUGGGGGUUUUGUCAUGAACAUCCUGUCCCGACUCAUCAUGAAACAGGUCUGGAAGUAUCCCAAGGUGUGGGAAGGCUUCAUUAAGUGCUGCCAACGGACAAAGCCGCAGUCAUUCCAAGUGCUGUUGCAGCUUCCACCCACGCAGCUCACCAACGUCUUCGAGAAGUGCCCGGAGCUCCGAGAACCUCUCUUGACGCAUGUGCGUUCGUUCACACCGCACCAGCAAAACCACAUUCCAAAAUCGAUAAUGAUUGUGCUGGAGGCCAACUCCAAGUCAGAAGGAGAACCAAUGGAGGCUAAACCGAUGAAUGAGGAAGAGCUGCAACACCUGACCAUUGUUCAUGCGCAGAAGGAUAUGAUCAACAUGCGCCUGGCUCAAGAGAAAGCCUUGAAGAGGAAACUGGAGGAGGAGCAGAAGUUCAAGCAGCAGCAGCUGGCAGCCCAGUUACACUCCGUCCUCGCCCUGCCGAGCCUCAUGUCGCUGAAGCCCCUCGGCCUGACAGUCCCUGUCUCUCCAGACCUGGGAAUCUUAAAGCCCCUCAUCCAGCCUUUGCUGGGCACCUUCAUGCAGCCCCCUCCCAACCCCAGUGCGCAUGCUCCGUUGAAAGCCCUCGCCCCACCUCCAGUGAGUGCCCCUGCCCUGGCUCCAUCCAUUGCCCCUCUUCUGACCGUCGUGGCAUCCCCCGCCAAGCCUGCCGUUGGCUCGCCCGGAGAGGCCGCCAAAGCUCCUCCCCCCAGCCAGGCAGCCGCCAGCCCCCUUGAUCAGCCCGCCCGGCCCCCUCCCACCCUGGUGGCCAAGUCCGCCGCCGUGCUGCCAGUGGGGGAGCCGAUGGAGGUCGGCAGCUCUGCCCCCGAUUCCGACGCCGUUCAAGAGCCGCCGCACCCGACCAUCACCAUCAACGUGAAGGAGGAAGAUGAGAGGCCCAUGGCUCUGGAUGAACCGUCCCAGGCAGUGGUGGUCAUGGACACUGGGCCCGAGGGACAGAUCGUACUCGAGGAUACAAUGGCGGGGGAACAAGCUAGUCAACAGCCUCUGCUCCACGAAGUUGGUCACCUGGUGGCGGCGGACAUGACUGAGAGGGUCAUCCUCAUCCGGGACGAGCCGCCAGUGGUGGGCGAGCCGGCUUCUGGCGGAGAGCGAGCGGCCAAGCCCCCCGGUGAGGAGCCGGACGUGGUGCCCGAGGAGACUAGUGGCGAGGGGAGCCAGGACACAGGAGACGGAGAGCAGCAGCCCGUCACCAAACGCAAGUCUGCUCUGAGGAAAAGCCCCUAACACAGACAUGUCCUUUACCUUGUCACCACUCGCGGCAGCAAAACGCUGUCUGAAGCAGACAAAGUAAAGUCUCGUACUAUAAAGGACAGUGGAAGCCCUGCCUCCUGCUGGAAUAGUGCCAGGGAGUCUGGUUUAAUUAUUUUUUAAGUUAGUAGUUAAUUCCACAUGGGCUAUAUUUAAAUAACCGGCCGCUGUUUAUUUAGCCGAUGAUAGUGGUUGAGGGGAGAGUGUCGUUCAGAGUACUUUGCUCCACUUUGACGAGUUGGCACAAGCUACGCUAGUUGACUGUUCCGAUUGUGGACUCAUGCCUUGUAUACCCGGAUUUGAGUUCGAAGCCUCCUCCUUUCACUCGGCUCUGCCCAGCUGGUCAACCAAAACUCUUGGCGUCGUCCAAGAUCGCCAAGCAUUGGAAACGUCCAGCCGGUUGUCUGCCAUUUUCGGGCACUUCACUGCCCACCCGAUUGAGAGUAACAGCCCUGCUCUGCCUGCUCCGGAUAUAUUUAUGCAACUUGGGGGGAAAAAAACGGCCCAGAACGGAUCCAAAGGCAACCUGGAACUGGGAUUGAAUCUCGGAUAAACAUGCACAUCGGCUGUUUCAGAAUUCCAAUGGGUUUAGCACAUCUACUGCGCGUGGAGACACGAGAUCCGAACAUAAUUCUCAACAGUCGUAAACUCUUGAGUGGAAACCAACUCUGAACAGUGGCAACACCUGUUUGUUUCCUUUAGAAAUUCUAUAAAAUACGUUUUUUGUGUUUAUUUUAAAGUUUUGCGGAUGUCUGGUUGUUUUUCUUUGUGAAAAGAGACUGUGUGGUACGUGGAGUGGGCUGACUGCUCUGGAGUUUUACCUCUGAAGCUGUAAAAAAGUGACAUGAAUAAAAGUUUGGAGAGUUGGAAA